AAUACGUUGAAUGCAAUCAAGUUUUCAAAACAGAAACUUGACACGGACGGUUUUCCUACUUUUGUCUUCAGAAUCCUAAUGAAACAGGUGUCCCCCCUAAAAUGACGGCUAAAGAUUCAAUUAAAAAUGCUAUCCGGGCGAUGGGGGACGCACCUCGGGGUCUGACCUGGUCCUUUGGUUUUCUGAUGGUUAUUUAUGGAUUUUUCCUGGCCGGCUUUUGUUCCGACCACUGGCUGGAAUCGUCCAUAGUGUUGUCUGGGUAUGACUAUCGAACGCAAGGCCUGUGGAAAUUCUGUUACGGAGCCUUAGGAGCGACAUGUUGCGGAUAUAUCAACGACGUUAUGUAUGUUGAACCUUUCCUCAACGCUACAAGAGCAUUCCUGGUCAUCAGCAUUAUUCCUCAAGUUAUAUGUCUGAUUGCAAUUUGUUGGGGGAUAUUUAAACAUUCUCAUUCAUCUUAUUCAUCGUCAAAAUCUGCCGGAGGAUUCGCUGCAGGGUUUGCAGCAUUCUUCAUAACUCUGGCUAUCAUUAUCUACGGUGCUGCAUCACAAGAUGAAGAUUCCACGAGUAUCUAUAGUUUGUCUUGGUCCUACGCUCUCUGUGUUGUCAGUGGAUUGGCCUAUAUACCGUUCUGUUGUUUUAUCUGUUGUACAGAUGACGAACCAGAAUCACCCACGUCAUAACUGUAUACAAUGUACUUGUAUUUUGUAAUAUGCAUCUUUGAGUCUCUAUAUUUUUAAGCUCUUUGACCAACCGUCCCUCGAUGAUUUUUUUAAAUCAUGUAAUAUAAUUAUGUUAAAAUAUUGCCAAUUUUUGCAUAACAUUGUUUUAUUACAAAUAUAGAUUUAUUUAUUGUACGAGGAUGAUCAAAAAGUUCGCGAACUACCGCUAUAUAUACAAAACAACAAUUCAGAUCAGAAUGAAAUUUGGCACACAUAGAGUCAUACAUAUGCUAUAAAAUUAUGUAAUGGAACGUUUUGCCCCGUGUUUGUGACGUCACAAUGUGAAUUUGACGUCAUAAGGUAGAUCACUUGUGAAAAAAAAUGGUUGACUCAGUCGCAUUCGAGAAACGAAAGGCUGUAAAGUUAAACGUAUACCUAGGGUAUCUUGGAAAUUCCUUUGCAGAAGUUUAUAACAAUUUGUAUACCGUUUAUGAAGACAAAAGACUUGCCAGAAGUUUUGUCAUUAAUUAGAUUGAUUGUUUACGUGAAAGAAGAGAGAUGUUUAAAAAUGAUGUUUGUUUUGUUGUCCAGUGAAAGCAAACUGGGAAUUUGAGUAAUUUGAUAUGAAAGAUCGCAAACUUACAGUUAGAAAAAUAGAUAAAUAUCUGUACAUUUAUAUAAUUAAUAAAUCCUUAAAAUAUCGUUUACCUUUUACUUUAAACAUAUCAGAUAUGAUAAAUUGAAGGCACCCAUACUUUAUCCACAUGAAAUAAACGACGCUCAAAAGACAGAGAUGGGUUUUGAUGGUCACCAUGCUCAUUCUGCAAAAGGAUAUCAUUAUUCACCCAUACGAUUGCCGAGAUUAGGCCAUUUAUGACAAAUAGACUGUUUCUGUUGUUAAAAAUAACUUGCAUGGUAAGAAAUAUAAGAGUCGGAAAAAAUUUUAAGCAACUGUGACAGAACGCCAAGGAGCAUGUCACGUGACCGCCUAUAUCACGUGAUCCGCGCAUGGGCAGAAUUGUUGCAGAUGCGCAUUAAAAUCGGAGAGAACUACUUUUAAAAAUUAUCAACACUGAAACCCUAUAUCAUUUCUUCAUUUGAAGUUAUUCGAUUAGUUCGCGAACUUUUUGAUCACCCCUUGUAUGUUUUGAAAUGAAAUUUUAUUGUUUCAUAUUACGAAAUAAACUUCAGUGUUGCUUUCCAAGAA